AUGGCGUUGAAUUUUUCUCAUAGACUUGUCUCUGAGGACCCAAUGAAGAUAGCUGAUGGGUUUCUUGUUGAGGGAGUUUCUGAGAGCAACGGUGAUUGCUUUGACUAUGGAACGAACACUGGGGGUGUUUUCUUACAUCCUUGGUGUUCUGGUAUCGAGAAAGGUGAUUACUUUGACUACGGAAGGAGCCUUGGAGGUGUUUUCUCACAUCCUUGUUGUUCAAGUAUUGAGAAAGGGGAGGGCUUUGGUUACGGAAGGAGCCUUGGAGAUGUUUUCCCAUAUCCUUGCUGUUCAAGGAUUGAGAAAGGGGAGGGCUUUGGUAACGGAAGGGGCAUUGGAGAUUCAGCUUCUGUUGAUGUAGUUGAUGUGUUGCCGUCUGAUCCGUUUGGGAUGGAUAUGAACAAUACGUUCACUGCUAUUAGUGGGUGGCUUGAGGAUUUGGAGGCUAACUAUAGCCGAUAUGGAAGGGAUGAGAUUGGGUUUGGGAUUGGUGAUGGAGACCACCAGCUCUUUGCUGGGUUGAGUUUCAUUUGGAACAAUGCUAUGCGGUUUCAGGAGUUCCCUGAGAGUCGUGUGUACAACAAUAUAGAUGGGUAUGGGUCCUUGUUCGGGUUUGAUGAAGGCUUUGAUGGUGAUAAGUCUUGCCCUGGUGCAUUCAUCCCCCCUACUAGUGUUGGGGAAAGUAGUGAACGCUGUAACAAUGAUGGAGGAGAGAAUGCAAACAUUCAUCCAGCGUUUGGUUUUUGUCUUUACCACUUGGGAUUAAAGGAUCUUCUUUCAGUCAGCAUGGUUUGCAAGUCUCUGCAUACCACUGUCUGUGAUGACUCUCUACUGUGGAAACAUAUCCACAUAUCUCAACCGAUGAAUGAGAAGAUCAAUGAUGAAGCUCUUCUGCAGCUAACCGAGAGGGCUCAUGGCACUAUGCAGUGUCUGCGCCUCGUAGAUUGCGUGAGAAUUACAGAGGAUUGUCUUAGGAAGGUGUUGGAGAGCAACCCACAAGUAGUCAAGCUUGGUGUGCCUGGAUGCAUAAGGAUUAGCAUCGAUGGCCUUGUGAGCAUCUUGACGGAUCUGAAGUCAAAGCGAAAGCUUAAAGUGAAACAUUUAGAGACUGGUGGUCUCUUUGGAGUUACUAAAGAUCACUAUGAUGAGUUGUUGGAGUUGUUAGACAUAGACAAUAAUCUGGAAAAGUCUAUUCAUAAGCCGCCGCGGUUUUACCAUAAAGGAUACACAUUUACCUCAUGCGAUGAUGUUGUCCGGGGGAUAGAUAUUGAGAUGUGUCGGAAAUGUGAGAACUGGAGGAUUGUGUAUGACUGUCCAGCGGAAGAAUGUAAAGGGAAGGAGGAGUGUCGUGCUUGCUCUCUUUGCGUGCAGAGGUGUUCUCAGUGUGGUCGGUGCAUUAAUGGCGGUGUGUACGAGGAGACGUUUUGUCUGGAGUUUUUGUGCUCUGGUUGCUCGAAGCUCCUUAAGUUACCUCUCCUUUGAUGAAUAAAGUAAAGAUUUGUUUUGGCUUUAGACAUUGUUUUUUUUAUUUAAUGAAAUGAAUAAAAGAUGAACUUACGGAUUAUUCUCUAUUUGCA